AUCCUUUCUGCUCGGGAGAAAACUGCUGAGUUUCCGUUGUUUGGCCCCCGACUGAGUCAGUCGGCCUCCAGGUGACACGCAGCUCUUGUUUGGACGAAACCGUCACUCUGGGUUCCUCGGCCACAGGGUUUCGCUCGGCCGUGACGCUGGGUUGUUUCGGACCCAUCCGCCGGAGUUCAUCUGGGCCAACCGCAUGCUCUUGAUACGGUCCAAGAAGAGCCCUGACCACCAUCGUGAGACCAGCACCUUAGUAGAGCCACCGUACUGCAGCCUCCCCUGAGCUCUGCGGUUUGUUCACCCUUUUAUAUGCGGAGCAGGACAGUGCGGCUCCCAGGGGUUCCGUUUGUUUCUGCCGCUGGAGAAGUAGGUGACCCUGGACGUGUUGAGAAGGGAGUGAGCCCACCUGUGAGGGAUGAGUUCUCCUGUAUGCUGCAGCUACCCUCUGAGCUCCUCUGGCAUGCAGCAGCUGCGAUGGAGGAGUGGAUGAGGGGACGAGGGGCAUCGGAAGCUGUGGUGGUGCCAAGGGCCACCGGUAUGGAUCCGUUUCCUACGUGAACCGUGAGGGAGCAGUGGGGUGGACAGGAGAGUUGGUGGGCGGCGCUGUGCUGCAGUGAGUGCAGUGGUGCACAUGAGAACAGGAGCAGUGGAAGGGUCAGGCGAUUGGGCUCUGUGUGUGUGUAUGUGUGUGUGUGUGUGUGUGUGUGUGUGUGCGCGUGUGCAUGAGCACAUUGUCUGUUCACACCACGGAAGAUCAUUGGGACCCUCUGCCAUGCAGGGGUUUCUCCUGGAGGGGUGGAGGGUCUGACCAUUUCACAUUUACCUGUGGUCAGCUGUGGACUCACCCCCUGCGGUGCUGAGGACGGCGCCCUGUUUUCGCUUUCUAACAGGGUGACAACUCGCAAAGGGAGGCUGUCCUCCAGCAUGAACCCGGUAUACAGCCAUGUCCAGCCCGCCGCCCCUUACGGCAACCCCGCCAAGAACAUGGCGUACACAGGUUACGCCGGGGGGUAUGCCGCCACGACGCCCACCUACACCCCAAACCUGUACCAGAGCAGCACCCCAGGAUACCCCCCAGGAUACGCCAGCGGGAACCCCUACAAGGUGCCCCCCGCCCAGCCGAACGGAGCCCCCCCGCCCUACUCGCCGUGCCCCAGCCCCUACCAGGCCGCCAUGUACCCCGUGAGAAGUGCCUAUCCGCAGCAGAACCUGUACGCGCAGGGGGCGUACUACACGCAGCCCGUGUACGCUGCUCAGCCCCACGUGAUCCAUCACACCACAGUGGUCCAGCCCAACAGCAUCCCCUCGGCCAUCUACCCGGCGCCCGUGUCGACACCCCGCUCCAACGGCGUGGCCAUGGGUAUGGUGGCCGGCGCGACCGUGGCCAUGUCCGCAGGAACCCUGCUGACCGCACCUCAGCACCCAGCGAUGGGCGCACAUCCCGUUACCGUGCCAACCUACAGGCCUCAAGGCGCACCGGGGUACGGCUACGUGCCCCCCCACUGGUAAACUCGUGGCCCGUUCAUAUACGGAGCGUCGACCGUAUGGAGCUGCUGGGGUCCGAACCCAGAGCGUCCCCAUCUGUCUGGCAGAAGAAACAAAGUGCGACGGUCACUAUAUGACCAUGUUAGUGUUUGUAAAAGCUGCUUUUUUUUUUGUUUAUUUCCCAUGAUGCCGUUCACACCCAAAUUCCAGACCGAGCACGAAGAACGAGCGCAGUUAAGAAUCUCGGCUUUACGGCGUCAGUUCGGUUCCCGGCCCGGCUGCACGGAGCUGUACUCGCUCCCAUCGCCGGCGUCUUCAACAGCCCUUUAACCGCCACGUUUACCUCCUUCUUCGCCUGCUCCUUACCUCCUUUUUUACCUCCUCCUUACCUCCUUUUUCGCCUGCU